AUGGCGGGGCGUUUUGAGUUCCUGCGAAAGCUCAAAUCUCCUCAGAAGCCGCGCCCUCGCAUUCAGAUCGCUUCACCCUCGCCUCUUUGGAAGCUUGAGGCGGUCACCGUCGUGUGGCAAGCAAUGCCGUCCGUCUCUGCUUUUCGCACGUUGACUGCCGAUCCUCCGGCCCUCGGUAUUCCCGAGACAUUUUCCGUGUUUGCAUACCGCUCCUUCGGUCUGAAAAACUAUAUCCAGGCACAGGCGGAGCCUGAACAGGAGACGCUGUGUCUGCCUUCAUUCAAGAAGAAACGGAAGCCGGAGCCGGAGUCCGAGCAGAAAGAGGACAAGGACUCUUCGAAGGACCAAAAUGAGAGCGACGCUGCCCAGCCCAAGAACGAGGGAGAGGAAGCCGCCGAGUCGAGCGAACCGAAGGCUAGCGACGAGAAGGCACCCAGCAAAGAGGAGAGCAGUGACAAGAAAGAAAGCGACAAGGAAAGCAGCGACAAGGCAGCCGACGCGAAAUCCGAUUCGGAUUCGGAAACGAACAGUCCAGAUGAACGUGCCGACGGAGACUCGAGUUCCGACGCCGACGCUGAGGAGGCUGAAUCCGUGCAUGCAGUGGCAAAGAGCAAGAGCAAGCGCUCUGAGUCGAAACCGUCGUUAAAGGCGACGUCGAGGUCGGACACGUCGGUGUCGGCAGCAUCUUCCCGCUCCAGGAACUCCGUUCGCAAAUCGGAUGCCACGUCCGAGUCUGUCAGUCGUCGCUCGUCGGUGGCUUCGGCCCACGCCGCAGUGAACGAUGCGCGCGCGGCUGAUCCACUGGAGGAGCAAAUCGCGUUGCUGACAAAGGAGCGAGACGAGGCGGUCCAACUCCGCGACUCCGUGAGCGCAAAGCUGGAGGAAGUUCGCAAGGAGAACGAGAGUCUACGCCGCGAACUGGACGAGGAAAAGCAGAAAGUCAAGGAUCUCGAAUCUGCGCUUUCCUCCGCGACGACGGCUCCCGUCGCGGCAUCUGUCGCUGACCAGCAAGACCAGAACACUUCCACGCUGUCAGCGGCCGUGCCCGGGGAAUCUCAGUCAAGCGAAAGCGCCGAGGCCGAAGGGAAAUCCUCCCCGAUGGAAGCGACGCUUGGGUCUCCUAACUCGUUCUCGCGCCACUCCUCGAAAGCGUCAGGCCUGAGCCAGGCUCCAGAAUUCGAGCCGGUGGAAACGUUCACCCGAAGCUUCUCUCCGGCGCCUGCGGCGGUCGCUGCGGUUCCUGCGGAGGAGCGACUAGAGACGGAUGAGGAACUGAAGAAAGUCGUUGCGGAGAGAGAUGCCCUUGCGAAGCAGCUGGAAACUGCCGCCGCCUUCUACACGUCCCACAUUCAACGCGUGACAGACAUUUACAAUCGCGUCGUGGCCAGAGCCCAGGCUGCAGAGAGGAAGAAGAACAAGUAUGCGGAAAAGCUAGCAGAGCUUAUGAUGAUGCAGGCGGCAAACGUCGAAGGAGAGGCUCGAGAACUGCCGCAACCACCGCAGCCAAAGGCGGAGAGGGCGGAGGUAGAGGCCCUCCGUGUUCAGAACCAGGAACUGGAAGACCGCCUGGGCGCGCUCAUUGACCGCUGUUAUUUGCUUCAGCAGGAGCUGGUCAAUGCUCAGAAAUGCAGCGCCCUGCCUCACUCGCAGUCGAUGAGUCGGCGGAGCACGUUGCGUAGCCAUCAAGAGCCGUCUCGGCAAACCACACUCGUUCCUCUAUCUCGCAAGUCAUCCGCGUCAACUGCUCAAACACUGGUUCCGUUAGACCAAAGAUGUGCCAGUGCCGGGAGCGGUGACCCCAAACUUCUUUCUCAGGCAGUGGAACGAGAGCAGACACGCUCCCCCAGCCUGGUUCCACGAGACAGCGCGUACGAGUAUCCCAGACUUCUUUAUGAAAAGGAAGAUGAGACGCGUGAAGAAGCUGCAUCUCCAGAAUCCCAUGAAGAGACAGCGAGUACACCCUCUCGUUUAGGGACUUUACGGCUCGAUUUCGGCAAUACAGGGGACGAUGCACCGCUUCGUCAAGUGACUUCCCGAGUCACCUUCUCUGUUUUGUCAGGACAAGGGGGGCGAUCAAGCCCGAGAGAGAGCUUGAUAUCUCUAUCUUCAGAUAUGUUUGCAGAACCUGAAUCGCGCGCGGGCACCCAGGCCACGAGUUUGCGAACAAUCCCCGAAGAAGGGGGCAAACCGGAUGCUGCGAUCACUUCCAAGCAAAGCACUACGUCUGUACCUCCGGACAUGAUUGUUGAAUCUGAAUCGCGCGCGGGGAGCCGGUCCACGAGUUUGCGAACAAUUCCCGAAGCGGGCGAAAAGCGGGCGGUUGACCUAAGAGCACUUGAACGGACUUCAAGCGAGAAAGGCAUUGAAAGCUUCCUGACUCAGGACAACGACGAUGGUAACAGCGUGCUGAGCAAUUUCUCACGGCGAAGCGGCCUGGAAACCUUUCCGAGUGGUGGGGCGCCUGUUCUGGUGACGGCGCAUUGCUGCGGGAAGGCAGUAAAGAAAUCGGAUUUACGGAACAUGGAAAACUGUGGGUGCACUGUGUGUCGGAAUUGCCUGAAACAGGCACUGACUUCCUCAAAAGAGGACAUUCGAAAUUUCAUGGGCAGCGAUCCAGUCACCGGUGGCACGCAGUGGAAAAUUCGUUGCCCCAGAUGUUCACAUCCGCAGAUCGUGUCCACAAAAAAAUCACGUGGUUAUAGUUUUGUUGCGUGA